AUGAAAACAGUAUCGAGAUCGACUAGAGGAAUUGAAUUGCGAGUAUCGUCGCUGAUUACAGUAAAAGCAACGGAAUUAUAUAUCUGGCGACUGUUCGCGCAGAAACACUUUGCCGCAGAGGAACUGGUGGUCACGCGACAAUUCGGGCGCUGUGAUAGCGACGUCCUACCUGUGAUCUACGCUAAACUCUUCCUUCACCCGCUUGUUAUCAAAUUGGAGAUGAAGACGGAGUACGGAGUGUUCACACAAGCUUAA